AUGGCUGAGAGCGAUCAUAUUGAAGAGAGCCAGUACGCAAAUCAAACAGCUAAAGCCUAUUCCAGCCUAUGGAGAAGUGCAUGUAAGAACAGGAUAAAUAUGGCAUUUAAGGCUGAGGACCACUUAGAUUCCCUUCCAUUACCAGUUCAGCGCAUGCACUUAAUUCAGGUGGACUCUGUUCAGAGAUGGAUGGAGGAUUUGAAGUUGAUGACAGACUGUGAAUGCAUGUGUAUUCUCCAGUCCAAGCCAAUCAGCAUUGAGAAGGAUGAACAAAAUGAACUUAUGCUUUCCUCACAAUAUAGUACAUGUGAUAACUUGCAGCUGCUAUUAAAAAGAGCUUGGAUCAUAAGCACAGAGCUGACAAGGAUUUCUCAAAAGCUGGAGAAAAAAAGAUGGCAAAGAGUCCACAGCAUGACAGUGAGAGUCAACUGCCAUGUGCGUUCAAUGAUAAAUGAAUACAAUGCAUUCACCAGGAAUUCUUCAGAAGAAAUGCACCAGUUUGAAAAACUUUUAUUAGACAAGUGUUCAGAAUUUACAGCAUUCACAGAAAGGUGCAUACAAACUGAAGAUGAACAGAUACUGAAGUCCAUCAAGUCUUGUAUUAAUGAAAUGCUCACUACUGUUGUUCAGCAUUUUGGCCAGUUGAUAGAGCUGUUGUUAACACAUGAGGCACAGAACCUGCUGAGACAAAUAGAAUUGUCAGAUAGUAUGUACAUCACUGCAUCGGCGAUUAGCAGUUUAUUCAGCCUUACCCAAGAAGGUGCUCAUCUGUGCCGCAUCAUAGCUAAGGAAGGAGGUGUAGUUGCUCUUUUUAAGAUUUGUCGCCAGGAUUGUUUCAGGUGCCUUUAUCCCCAGACACUGAGAACACUGGCAUCUGUUUGCUGUGUAGAGGAAGGGAUGCACCAGUUGGAAAAGGUUGAUGGAAUACUGUGCCUGGCUGACAUUCUUACUGAUAACAGCCAUUCUGAAGCUACUCAUGCAGAAGCAGCAGCAGUAAUUGCACAAAUCACCUCUCCGCAUCUCACUUUCACACAACAUCUCAGCAGCUUCCUGGAAAAUAUGGAAGAAAUUUUAACAGCACUUGUCAAAUUGUGCCAAGAAGCCUCAUCUGGUGAAGUUUUCCUGCUGGCCUCAGCAGCUCUUGCCAAUAUUACUUUCUUUGAUACCAUGUCUUGUGAAAUAUUGCUCCAGUUAAAUGCAAUGAAGAUUCUUCUUGCAGCAUGUUCAGACAGACACAUAGUGGAUACCCCAUAUUCCCGAGAUCAGGUGGUAACAAUCUUGGCAAACAUGUCUGUCUUGGACCAGUGUGCUUCAGAAAUCAUUCAAGGAAAUGGUGUUCAACUUUUAAUGGAAAUGCUCUUUGAAAAGUCAUCUUCAGGAAAUUCAGCAGAAGUUGCUGCUUGCGAGCGGGUCCAGCAGAAAUCUGCAGUUACACUGGCACGACUCAGCCGAGAUCCUGAAGUGGCAGAUGCAGCUGUAAAACUUAGCUGUAUUCCUCGCCUAAUUAAACUUUGCAGAUCACCAACCGAAAGAAACAACAGUGAUUCUGUUUUAGUGGCAUGUCUGGCAGCCUUACGGAGACUAGCAGUUAUGAGUCCUGAUGGACUUGAAGAUUCAGAUUUUCAGCAGCUAGUGAAGCCCAGACUUGUGGAUUCCUUUUUGCUAUGCACAAAUAUGGAAGAGAGCUUUGUAUAAAUGUGAGGCAAAAGCAUUUUAAAAAUAAUCAAGAUGAUAGGUAUACAAUGAGAUAAUACACAUACGAUCUUAUUUAGUUUUAGUUCUGUUGUUAUUUAUGACUUAUUUAUUUUAAAACCAUAAACAUGUGGUUUGUAGGAGCAAAGAAACAGAAUGAACGAACUUGUGUCAGUGAGUUGCAAAAUUUUUUAUUUCAUUUUCCUGCCAAGACACAUCAAGAAAUCUUAUUGCUGAGAUCUAACAAAAUGUUCUUGUCUUGUUUAAUAUAGUUGAAUCAAGGUAACAAAGCCAAGAAUUUGGUUCUCUGAUGAUAAAUGCUUCUAAUAGCUUUUUGUUGCUGAUAUUUUUCUACCCUUGGAAUAUUUUGCAGGUUUUUUUUUCUUGAGAAAUGCUUUAGUCUCAUGCAUUUGCUGCAUUAGAAUUAAAAUAAUCAUUCAAGCUGAUGGUAUAUACUUUGAAAUGAAGGGGAUGUUACAGACCAAGUCCAGUUCUUAAAUGUUGUUAUUUUUUAGUAGAAUUAUGAAAAUAUAUAACUGUGAUUAGCUGAGAGACUUUGUCAGAAAGUUUUCCAUACUUGCUUGAAAUGAUGUUAGAGGACAUUCUUACACCAUGUAAAGAUGGGCUUCAUUAGAGCAUACACACUUGCAGACAACUCUUUUGUUUACAUUUACUGAAAUUUCCUAAAGAAAUUAAGGGAAUCCUAGAAAAAUCUUUAUGAAAUCAAAUACACAUCAUCAAUGUGAAGGUAUCCACAUAAGACUUAAAACUCAUUACAAGCUGAUAAUUUUUCCUUCUUUACAAGCCU